GGCCAUGUGGCGGCUGGCGCGGGCCCCGCGGGCGCUGGCGGCGGCAGCGGCGGGAGCUGGGACGGGAGCGGUCGGUCGCGGAGGGAACGGUGGCUGGUACGAGUGGGCGGCGAGCUCCGAGCCCGUGCACUGGGCCGAGGGCGGGCUGGCGGCGCUGCAGGCGGCCACCGGGCUGCCCUGGUGGGCCGCCAUCGCCGGCGGGGCCGCCCUGCUGCGAACCGCAGUCACCCUCCCGCUGGCCGCGCACCAGGGGCGGCUGCUCGCCAAGCUGGAAAACUUGCAGCCCGAGAUUAAAGGACUCGCCGAGCGCCUUCGCUAUGAAGUGUCAGUGCGUGGAAAGCAGCUGGGCUGGUCUGAAAAGGUGGCCAGGUUCCACUUCAAGAAGAACCUGCGGAGGGUUGUUACGGAGCUGUACAUUCGGGACAACUGCCACCCCUUCAAAGCCACCUUGCUGGUGUGGGUGCAGAUCCCCGUGUGGGUCUGCGUGUCCCUGGCUCUGCGCAACUGCAGCGUCGGUGCCCUGGGCUCAGAAGUUCAAGAGCAGUUUUCAUCAGGAGGAGCACUGUGGUUUACAGACCUCACGGCGCCUGAUUCCACGUGGAUUUUGCCCGUUUCCCUGGGUCUGGUGAAUCUGCUGAUAGUGGAGAUGUUUGCUUCGCAAAAAAAAAUGCAAGUGUCCAGGUUCCAGAAGCUUGUGACGAAUUUGUUCCGUGUGGUGUCAGUGGUGAUGAUCCCUGUGGCUGCCACAGUGCCCUCCUCCAUGGCGCUGUACUGGCUGUCCUCGAGCCUCGUGGGGCUCUCCCACAACCUCCUGCUGCGCUCUCCUGCCUUCCGACGCCUGUGCCGCAUUCCAGGGACCAAAUCCGACUCGGAUACUCCUUACAGGGACAUAGCGGCUGCCUUGGCUGCCAAGUACGGCUUUAGGAAAUGACAUCCCUGAGCUGCAGGAAGAGCUGUCUCAGGAGCGAAGCAGUGCUGUUUAACGGAGAUGUACUUAUGUGCUGUGUAUUUAUUUUCCAAAUAAAGCCCUGAAGGCCAGAGAGAGGGAUUGGUCUGCACAGAUAUGUCUGCACUGGGAACUUUGUUUCAGGGACGCUUGUUUUGCAACUCCAACAGUCCAAUAAUCCAGGUUUGUCUCCAGAAUUAUUGUAAGGAGCUGUGCAGGUGAGUGUUAAAUAAAACUG